ACUCGAACACCCAAAUCAACAGAGUUAUUGCAAAACAUCGGAUCAGCAGCCUCGGACCGCUGAAACCUUUAAAAUAGGGUUAAGUUAUCGCGGAUAUCGUGACCAUGGCAGAUGAAGCAGCAGUUGUGGAGGGAGGCAUCAGCCAAGCUCAGAGCCCUCUGGUCGCAGUCAGCUUCCAGAGAAACGUCCGGAGGAAAGAGAAGUACCUGGAGGCUGAACCCAAAGCUCUGGGGAUCACUCAGAUUGGCACGAGUGUGUUUCAGAUCACCUGUGUGGGUAUGUUUAUGUCCAAAGACUUUCUUCAUUUGCACGCUGACGUACCUUUCAUGAUUUCAUCUCUGCUGCUGAUAAUAGCUGGGAGUUUGGCUGUAGCAGCUCAGAACCUCCAUCUGCCAACGCUGAGAGCCUGUUUAGUGAUGCAGAUUUUGGCUUGUGGUGCCUCCAUCUUCAACUUGAUAUAUUGUCUGAUGAAACUGGGCCACGUGCCAAUGUUAUGCUGGUAUCGAUACUAUGACGUCAACGGCACUCGUAUAGAAGAAAUCUGCCAAAGCAUUCAGAGCACCCAGUCACAUCUUUAUGCUGAGAUUAUGGUCAUUCAGGCUGCUCUGUUAGCCAUCUCCGUCACUCUGGCCGUCUACUGCUGCAAGGUGGUCAACUGCUGCUCGCCAGCUCCCAAAAUGCCAGUGAUUACUGUGCAUACGCCUCCUGUCCAACAGUGAGGAGACAAAGUGGACAAGCGCAGAAGACAGUUUUUCGAUCAAUAUUUUUAUACUAACAAUGGAUCCAAUGACUGUGUGUAAUGUGUAAAAUAUGCAGUGUUUUCAGUGUUUUCUGAUAUAACAUCCAUAGCAAAUUUAUAAGGUGGUAAUGUGUCAAUGUUGUAUUUACAGCUGUUCCACUCCACUCAAGUAAAAAAAAAAAAAAAAAAUCAAAAGCAUUUGGGGUUUCCUCUGAGGAGGAGCUUAAGAAACCGUCAGUAUUUUUAGUAAAUUACAAUGUUCUCACACUUUGCAUGUUACUUAUUUUUUCAUAAGAUUUCUGUUUCAUAUGUACUCCUUCUCUAAUGUUAACUUUAAUCAUAGCUAAAUAGUUACAACUGUAUAGAGUGCUGCUGGAAUCAUCAACAUUUUUGGUUUUCUGGUUCCCAUGUCUCAAAGUCAAUGGGUUUUUGGAAUGUGUUUUUGGUUUCCUGAAAUGUCUGCGCUUAACACAAACUUAACAUUUUGUUCUACAACAUAAAAUACCUUUGUCAAUAUCCCACUUAAGAAUUCUGAAGCUUUUACGUGUCCUAAAAAGCUAUGUUUAUUUGUGAAAAAUGGAAAAAAACAAAACGCUUUUUUAUGGAGGUAACCAGAGCGAUGCUAACUGGAAGGUAUGUUGGCCAAUAAAAACACGCCAUCCCUGCACCACUCUAUAGAGGCAACAAAUCAACUUAACGCUUACAGCAUAAAUAACAUCACAAAUUGAUACACAUUAAUGCUUUUCGGAAAAUAUUUUUGCUAACUUUGUUGAUUACUUUAUGAUGAUCACUACCUAUAAUAUGCUUUACUGAUGUUUCCUAUGUGAUUGCAACUAACAACUAUGGAAAAUAAAAGCUGUAUUUUAAGUUUAGUGUUUUUUUUAUUUUUUAUUUGUGAAAGAAAAAGUUUUUUUUAGAGUGUGUGGUGCCAACAUGCUGGACUGUAAAUAAUAGAUUUUCACACAUAGGGUCAACCUUACAGCGACACACCGUCUUUCUGUAUACUGGUCCACAGGCACCAUUUCUGUUUAUUUUCACUCUGUCUCCGAGGCUGGUUGGAGAUGUCCACAAUGUAUCAUGUCCGAAGACACAUUAAGGACACCAAAGUCAUGUCCUCUAUAUUUUAUUUUGGAACAUUGGAGUUUUAGUGCUCUAAAGGAGAGCAUAUCUACUAUAAUGACACUGUACUACUAAUUAUGACAUUUUCAAGAACAUAAAUUAAGUGCAUUCUGGUAAAUUGUACAUUAAAUACAGUAUUAAAGCAACUGAGGUACACUGGCAGUGUGGAGAAGGCUUUUAUAACAGCGUUUGGACAAUCAUAAUCGGCAUGUAAUUUCACAUUUACAUUGAUAAACGAGAAAAUAUCUGAAAUAUUCACUGGCCUAUUUUGGUGGCUAUUCAAUCCCAGUCCUGUCUGGUUUAAGGGAGGUCGGAUUGUAUUUGGGGAAUGUGGACUUCUGACCAUAGUCAUUUCUAAAAUUCUGGAUACAUUUGAAUCAACCCCUGAAAUGUAUAUUUCCCAUGGUAAAAGUCA